ACCUACCAAGUGCCUUUUGAGAGACAAGUGUUUCCUACACAUCCCAGAAAGACCUUUCCACUCAGGGUAUCAACAUGCAGACGUACUGUUUCCUCUCGGCCCUGAUAACACUGAGCAGCAUCCCGGCCUGUGUGGGGGAAUGUGACUUUGCUCAUUCCAUGUGUCGAGCGCAGGCUGCUGGAGAUGUUGUGAUUGGUAUAUUGAUGCCGUGCCACAAUAAAGUGGCGGCUCUGCAUAAAAGGAUUACACCUGCAAGCUACCACUGCUCAAAUUUUCAUCUGUCGUCAUUUAUGAGGUCCUUGGCUGUGAUCCAUGAGAUCGAUGAGAUAAAUGCAUCUGGCUUCCUCCCAGGAGUGCGUCUUGGAUACAUGAUGUGCGACACAUGCUCCUUUGCCAGCACGGCGUUGCAGAAUGUGGAGUACAUGCUCGCUGUCAACAAGUCUCUAAAUGUGGACUGUGACUACUCAGAUUUCAGGCCCAGAGUGAAGAUUAUUUUAGGAGCUUUGUUGUCUGAGGUGUCCGUUGCUGUGGCCCGACUGCUGAGUGUGUACAUGAUCCCUCAACUGAGCAGCACAUCCUCUGCACAGGACCUGAGUAAUAAGCUGCGUUACCCAGUUUUUUUGCGCACUAUUCCCAGUGAUAGGCAUCAGACCAAAGCAGUGGGCAAAAUGAUGCAUCGUUUUGGCUGGAACUGGGUCGGGGUUGUGUACGGGGAUGGUGAAUACGGCAGUGCAGCUUUCCAGAGCUUCCUCAAGGAUGCCGAGGAAAACAGUGUGUGCUUGGACUACAAGGAGAUAUUUCCUGAACACCUCGAUGAUUCAAAAAGGUUGCAACGCAUCAAGCAAGUCGCCGAGCGCAUCCGCUCCUCCACGGCCCGAGUGGUGCUGCUGAUCCUCAAUUCACAGCUGGUGGAGGCCCUCUUUAAGGAAAUGAUCAGGACCAAUACAUCAAGGACCUGGAUAGCCAGCGAUGCCUGGUCCAGGAGCAGGUCUCUUGCUCAAAUGGAAGGGAUCAACAAGGUUGGAGACAUCUUGGGCUUUACAUUUGCUACAGGCAAGAAUGAAUCCUUUGAUACAUUUCUCACAAAUCUAACAGUAACUCCAGGAGGGUACAACCACUUCAUUGAAGAAUACAAGAACCUGAGAUUUAACUGCUCCCCAGAAUGUUUCUCAGACAAACCUCCAUCCUAUUGUCCCAGUCCUGAUGAACUGAAAAUGAAAGCUAAAAAUGCAUGCACUUUCACGGAUCCCCAAGAGCAAAAUGAUGACUAUCUUGUAACAGCUGUGGAUACAAGUGAUGCCUUACUUCACAGACUUGCUGUGUGGGCCACAGCAAAUGCCCUCAAAAAGCUACUAAAGUGCAACGGCUCUUCAUGCCUGGGAGAAAUCAACUUCCCACCAUGGAAGCUUCUUGAAGAACUGAAGAAAGUUCGGUUUGAGUUUGAAAACAGCAGUUUCUUUUUCGACAAAAAUGGGGAUUUUGAACAUUAUUAUAAUCUGAUCAUAUGGGAAAAGGAUGGAGACCACAGAAGAUUCCUAGAAAUUGGGAACUACAAUGUCCCUAAUAAAACAAUAGAAGUGGAUGUAAAAAGUUUCAGUUGGUUUUCAACAGCAAACACCACGAUCCCUAAGUCUAGAUGCUCAGAGCGCUGUGCUCCUGGCUCCGCUAAGAAGAUCCUGAACGCAUCCUGCUGUCACAAUUGCACCCUAUGUGUAGAGGGGACCUACGCGGAUGACUGGGAUCUGAAUAGCUGCCAAAAUUGUCCCAAUGGAACUUGGUCUCCCAAGGGUGCGACUCAGUGCCAGCCAAGAACCGAGUCCUUCUUGCGAUGGAAGCAUGCUCAUCCCAUCAUUCUGAUGGCAGCCGCAGCCUUUGGCAUCUUGCUCUUGUUGGUAACCUUCAUUAUCUUUCUGGUGAACAGAAACUCCCCACCAAUGAAGAGAGCAGAGGUGAGACUGUCAUGCUUGAUGAUGGCCGGUCUGUCAGUGAGCUUUGCGAGUGUGAUAUGUUUCAUCGGGAAGCCCAAUGUACAUCUCUGCCGGGCCCGCCAGGUAAUGUACGCCAUGGGCUUCACCCUGUGUGUGUCUUGCGUCCUCGUCAAGGCCUUUCGUACCUUCCUGGCUUUCCUUCCCUUCGGUCAGCUGACAAGCAGGCGACUACAUAAACUCUACAAGCCACUUGUGAUCGUCAUUGUCAUAACCUCUAUACAGGGGGUCAUCUGUCUGCUAUGGAUGAUCUUUGAUUCUCCUAAAAUUGAUGACACACCUCCAUCCCCACAAAGCAUGGAGAUAGUAAUCCAGUGUAGGGAGGGAAAGCACUUCAUAGGUUUUGCUAUUAUGUUGGGCUACAUAGCUCUACUAGCAUUGGUUGGCUUUCUCUUGGCCUUCAAAGGCAGGAAGGUUCCCCAAGAGUUCAGUGAGACAGGCAACAUAAUCUUCAGCAUGUUGAUGUACUUGUUUGUAUGGGUGUGUUUCAUUCCAGUCUAUAUCACCAACAUUGAGCGAGGCACUCCUGUGCAGGCUUCAGCCAUUCUAGUAUCCAGCUAUGGCAUCAUCUUUUGCCAUUUUUCACCCAGUUGCUACCAAGUGCUUUGGAAGUCAAAUACGGAAACAAUGGAGAGGAUUCUGAACAAAUGGCGAGCCAUCUCCAGUCCAAAUCUUGAUGAAGUGACCGAGAUAGACAUAGGUAUCCCUAGAAUGAAUAUACCCUUAGAAAAGAGUGACAGCUUUAUCAUACCAAGUACAUCACCUAAGUUGUGUAGCUCAGGGACACUGAGCAUAUCUUCCAAUACUACACUAAUCAAAAAACGGAAAAUGGCGCGUAAGAGGAGCAUAUCCUAUUAAAACUAAUUCCAGGAAGGUUUGCUAUGUACUGCACUGAUAUUGUAAUAAACCUGCUUCCCUUUUGAAUGGGAAUGCUUUGUAAAUGUAAUGUGCUGUCAAUCCAUAUAUAGUAAAAUCUUAUUAUACAGACAACCAUGGAGGAUUUGUUUGUAUUGUAUCCAACUACAAUUCAUAUUAAAUUUUAAAUGAUUUUUAAAAACUUGUUGACGACUUGAAACCCUCUCUGAGGCUGCUGUCCAUCAGGACAACAACCUGUUAUGAUGGGACUUUAUCUCUGAACAUUGCAUAUCAUAUGAACCUUUGCAUAUUCCUUGGACGUUUUUUAAAUGUUGUGUGUCUAUGUUGUGUGUGUUGUCUAUAAGCUACUGGAGACCUUGAAUUUCCCUCGGCAUCAAUAAAGUAUCUACUAAAUCUCUGCACAAA